AGAUUUUUGGCUCGGGAUGGCGCCGUUCCGCAGCCAUGGGCGCCGCGCUGGGAAGAGACGCCGGCCGCUCCCUGCGGAGGCUGCAGCUGUGGGCCAGGGGCACGGAGCUGUGGGCCCAGCAGUGGGCCGAGGCGGCCGGGGAGUUCGGCGACCUGCAGGCCCUGGCCUACGACGGGCCGGGCCCAAAGGCCGCCUACACGUACGCAGAGCUCGAGUCGCGCGCGAGAGGCGCAGCGAGGGGCCUGAGGCGGCUCUACGGCAUUCGGCGCGGGGACAGGGUCGCCACCAUCACCGAGAACCGGCCCGAGCAGGUGAUACUGCUCAUCGCCUGCCUGCAGCUGGGCGCCAUCUUCGUGCCGCUGCCGCCGGACUUCCGGGCCUCGGAGUGCGCGCACUUCCUGCAGGUGCUGCAGCCGCGGCUCGUCGUGCUGCCGCCUGGCGGGGCACUGCCCCACGGGCCCGCAGGGGGAGGCAGCUGGCUGCCAGAGUGCAUCCAGCUGCCCCUCGCGCCCCGGGCGGGCGCUGGCGCCUGGCACGAGCUCGAGUCCUGCGCGCUGCCGCAGGAGAUCGCCGUGUCCGCGAGAGCGGGAGACUGCGGGCUCAUCUUCACCAGCUCCGGCUCCACCGCCCUCCCGAAGUGCGUGAUGCACAGCCAGCGCACGCUGGCGGCGAUCGGGGCGGAGAAGAGGAUCAACCAGGUGCUCUACGGCUCCGCCAUCACGAAUGGGCCUGGGUCUUCGCGACUGAUCAACUCUGGGAUCAGAGGCAUCACGGCGACCUACGGGCUGCUCACCACGCUGCCCUACGGCGGGCGCGUGGUGAUGGAAAACGUGUUCGGCAGCGAGAGCGGGCCUGCAGUCUGGGCCGACCUCAUGCGCCAGCAGAAGAUCAGCAAAGUCGUCCUCUUCGGCUCCUCGAUGAGAAAACUCAUCGCGGAUUUGCCGGGCCAGCAGUUCCCGCUCGUGGCCAGCGUCGUUUACUCCGGCUGCUGCUUCCCGCCUUGCAUGGUGCAGCAGGCGAUGGCAAUGUUCCCGCACGCCGAGUUUCUGCAGCCCUAUUCGAUGACGGAGAUGCCACAUAUCACAGUCCUGCCCGCGCAUCUGCACUGGUCCGACGCAAAGGACGAGGAGAGGCUGCGCGUCAUGUCCUGUGCAGGCUUCCCCCACGGCUCGCGCGUGUGGCUGGAAGACCCCGGCGCUCCGGGCUCAGGCAGGGCCGUGCCGCUCGGCCUCGAGGGGCAGGUGUGCGUCAAGUCACCGACCAUGAUGAUGGGCUACUACGGCGUCGGCGGGCUCGACCGCGAGCGAACCGCGGAGGUCGCUCCAGACGGCUACCUCCGCACCGGUGACCUGGGCGUGCUCGUGGCACCCGAGUCAGGCGGGGACCGGCCUUUGCUGAGGAUCACCGGCCGCUUCAACGACUUCAUCGCCCACAUUGGGGGCAGGAACAUCGCCCCGCGCGAGAUCGAGGAGGUCGUCUUCCAGCUGUCGGGCCAGGUCGCGGACGUCUGCGUCGUGGGCCUUCCGCACCCCAGCGGCGCGGGCGAGGUGGUGGCCGCGUACGUGGUGACAAAGCCCGGCACAUCUCUCACGCGGGCCCAGCUGGUGGAGCACUGCCGCCUGCAGGGCCUGUCGAGCUCCAGGACCCCGGAGCUCUGGUUCUUGCGUGGGAGCGAGCGACCGCUGCCGCUGGCGAACGGCAAGGCCUCCGCGCGGGCGCUGCGCUCUCUCGCCUGCGUCCAGGCCGAGGCCCGCCAGCUCGCGCGCGGCGACCUCCUGCGCCGCCCGGCUGCCGCAGCGGCGGACGCCUCCGCGGAACCCUGGGCCGCGCAGGCACGCGCGGCUCGGGCUCGUGCUCGCCGUUGGCGACGAGCACCGCAGCACCUUCCUGCUGGCGUGCCAGAGCAUAGUGGCCAUGCUGUAUCGGAGCGGGCGCGUGAAGGCGCUCGCGGACGUCGCUGCAG